CAUAAUUCAAUAAUAACAUUAUUUUUGCCAGUCUUGUAAGGGUAUUCGUGCUGGAUUGACGUGUUAUCGGUAAAAACGGUUUUAAAGAUGACUAAAGUCAUUAUCCUAUUACUAGUGCCUUUACUGGCCAUCAUAGGUCUUCCGGUCUACUACUUAUUCCUGAAGAGUCCACCGCCGCUGCCUGAUAUUGACUACAACGCGUGGUGGGGUCCAGAGGAGCUGAAGCAACGGCAGGACACCAGCAUCAAGGACUUCAAAAUAAAGUUUACAGAAGUGAUGAUAAACGAACUCAAGACCCGCUUGAAGAACCAUCCUGUCUUCACUCCCCCUCUAGAAGGCAUUGCAUUUGAAUACGGUUUCAAUACUGACAUCAUCGGCGACUGGAUCACGUACUGGGCUGAGAAGUAUCCGUUCCAUCAGCGGGAGAAGUUCCUAAAUCAGUUUCCGCAAUACAAGACCAAUAUUCAAGGCCUGAAUAUCCACUUCUUAAGGAUUAAACCCAGUGUAUCCAACAACAUUGAAGUUGUCCCAAUGCUGCUACUGCAUGGGUGGCCAGGAUCAGUCCGAGAAUUCUACGAAGCAAUACCUCUCCUCACAGAAGUUAACAAGGAUAGAGACUUUGCUAUAGAACUCAUAGUGCCCAGUCUUCCGGGAUAUGGAUUCUCUGAUGCAGCAGUUCGUCCGGGCCUCAGUGCAGUUGACAUAGCUGUUGUGUUAAGGAACCUGAUGCAUAGACUGGGCCAUAAAAAGUUUUACGUCCAAGGUGGAGACUGGGGCUCUAUUAUAGGAUCUCAUUUGGCUACCUUCUUCCCUGAUGAAGUUCUUGGAUAUCACUCAAAUGGGGCUUUCUCGAUGUCGCUAGCUACCACCAUAUUCUCUAUCAUUGGCUCUUUUUAUCCCCCACUGGUGGUGGAAGACAAAUACGCUGAUAGAAUGUACCCUCUCUCCAAGUUUUAUGCUCAGUUACUAGAAGAAAUGGGCUAUAUGCAUAUACAAGCUACUAAACCAGACACAGUUGGAAUCGCUCUGACUGAUUCUCCGUCCGGUCUCCUUGCUUACAUCUUAGAGAAGUUCUCAUCUUGGACUCGGAGAGAUCACCGUUCGAAGAAAGACGGAGCCUUGGAGUACCGAUUCACGAAGGAUCAACUGGUCGACAACCUCAUGUUCUACUGGAUCCCUAGAUCCAUCACCACUUCUAUGAGACUUUACGCUGAAACAUUUAAUAAGAGAGUCAUGUCCAUGAACUUGGAUGAAAUACUAACAUCAGUUCCGUCAUGGUUUUUACAAGCGAAACACGAACUAGCAUUUCUACCACCAUGGAUUAUAAGACGAAAGUACCAGAACUUACAGAACGGCACCAUCAUCGAUGACGGUGGUCAUUUCUUGGCGUUUGAAUUGCCUGAAUUGUUCGCAAAAGACGUUCUGAAUGCUGUAACAGCUUUCAGGAAGUAUCAUAAACAGAUUAUACUUAAAACAGAGCUGUGAGAAAUUUUAUAUGUAAAGAGUCGAUUUCAAUAUAUUUGUACAUACAUAAUAUAAAUGUUGCCUUUUAUACAAUGUUAAUUAAUAAAAAGGAAUAAAUAUUUUCUGACAUUAUUAAUGUGAAA